CUCGAACGCUCCGUCUCGCAGUCGAGCAACGUCUCGUACCGCUCGCACCGCAGCGUCCGCACCGGCAAGGCCCGCGCAGGCCUGCUCAACCAGCACCACCACCUCAGCAGCUCCGCCAGCAGCAUCGCCGAGAGCGACAAGUCCCUCACCAGCUUCCCCAGCUUCUCCCCCGAGCUGCCCGGCACCGACCGCUUCGCCGACAGCUACCCCGACCCCGACCACGACCACGACCACGACCACGACCAUGACAACCCCGACCACAACCAGCUCAAGGCCGCCAUCCGCCAGCCCGACAGGCCCGCCCGCGUCAAGGCCCUGAGCGGCGCCAGCGCCUCCUCCUCCAUCGUCGACAGCCUGACCUGGCGCAACUCGGCCCGCGAGGCCCUGUUUGAGGAUGCGCCGCUGUCGCAGACGGUCCCCGGCGCCCUGCACAAGGCCGACGACAAGCACCUCGAGCGCCUCAUUGCGAGGCACGGCGCCGUGUCGCUCGUCAGGCAGAUUGCCGGCGACCUCGCGCAGCGGGACGCCCAGAUUGCGAAUCUGCGGCGCCGGGCGGACGAGCGCGAGCGGGCGCUGCGUAAGAUCAUUCGCGAGUGCGGCCUGUCCAGCCUCGAGCUGGAGACGAGGCUCAAGGUGGUGGAGAGCGAGCUGCGCAGCAACGGACACUUUCAGCGCGACGGCGGCGGGCUCAGCGACUUGAUGAACGACGCCAUGCGGGACACGGUCACGGAGAGCGCGUACGGCGAGACGGACGGGGCUGGCGGUGGUACGAUUCGGGCCAGCAGCGUUACCUCUGCGCCGGGCAACAGUUCGGAGAGUCCAAAGGGAGCCGGCACGCUCAAGGGGUGGAAGGACUAUCUCUGGGGCGGCACAUCCAAGAAGACGUCUCUCAGAGACGGCUCCAACAGGUCGACUGUCAUACGAUCGCAUUCGAGCCUCGGCCAGCGUCCGCCGCUGCAGGACGACCUCUUUGAGCCUCCGAACCCCACGGCCAGCAACCCUGGUAACAACAGCUCCAGCCGGCCGUCUAGCAUACACUCGGCGUCCACUCCCGAGCGGAAAUCCAUCGCCAGCUUGACGCUGCGGCUCGUUGCUGGCGGCGCCGUUGCCAGUCGCGAGGCCGAAGCCAGGGGGCGUGCAGCGAGCAGCGCUGCCCGGACGGAGGCGGCCAGGACGGGGUCCGUUGCCAGCAACCGCACCAGCCGCUCGUCGCGGGCCGUGUCUGUUGCCGGCGGCCCCAAGGCGCUCAUGGCUAUGGGCCGGUCUACGCCGUCGACGGCCUCGGCCAGCGCGAAGCUGCAGACCCAGGAGGCGCGAGGCACCGGCUCCGGAAGCUCACCCAGCUCGUCUUCCCUGCGGCCCGAUAAUUUUGGGCCCGUCGAGAUGGACGCCAUCCUGCCUCCCGAGUCGCAGCCCCCGACGCUGACGCAGAUGUACAACAACUACCCCAACAGCGAGUAUCUCACUGACCGCUUCGGCUUCAUAUACGACCAGCGGCGCAAGAAGCGGCAGCGAGAGGCUUCGCAGAUGGCGCACAACUUCCGCAACGGCGACCGCCGAGAGAUGCUGGGCAACGGCAACCGGGCGGGCAGCAUCUUGCCCAACGUCAUGGACGACCCGCCCAGUCCCAAGAUGAGCGUUUCGAGCGACCAGCGGCCCGGCAGCCCCAGCUCGCAGGAGGAGAGAGCCACCGGCGAGGACAAGGCAAAGCGCUGGCAGGACUACCUCAAGAUCGCGACGUUUCCCACCGAGCUGCUGAGCCACACGCCGGGCAUCAGCGCCACGGCCGUGUCCGUGACCGAGGGCACCGACGACCGGGCCAGCACCGCGUCCAGCCAGCGGCUUGUUGAGCGCUCGGCACGAUCGCCGGGCAUCACGCCGACCGAGUCGGGGCUGGUGCCCCUGGCGAGCACCACGACGGCCAUUGACAACGAGAGCACGCUCACGCAGCCGCCGUCGGAGCAGCAGCAGCAGCAGCAGCAGCAGCAGGACUCCAUGCCGGGGACGCUCGUCAAGGAGGAUGCGGAGCCGGUCAAGCUGCUCCUCCAGCAGCUGAGCGAUCUGCACGACUCCCUGCAGCGAGACAAGACGGCGCAGUGGAACGAGUUCUUGCGCAAAGUGAGGGCGGAGAGGCACCGCGAGGGCGAAGCUGCCAUCGCGGCGGCCACGGCAGCGGCGGAGGCUCGAUACGAACGCCCUGGCAUCAUCCUGCCCGAGGCCCGGGUGGCGGACGGAGAGAUGAUUGGCAUCUCCAACCUGGGCAACAAGGGCAAGGUCGGGCGGGCCAAGUGGAACGGCUUCAAGGCGCUGGUGCUGGGCGGCAUCCCCGUGGCGUACCGCGCAAAGAUCUGGGCCGAGUGCUCCGGGGCGGCGGCGCUGCGCAUCCCGGGCUACUACGACAGCCUGGUGUCGCAGAGCGGCGAGGGCGACGACGCGGCGGUGGUGAGCCAGAUCAAGAUGGACAUCAACCGGACGCUGACGGACAACAUCUUUUUUCGCAAGGGGCCCGGGGUGCAGAAGCUCAACGAGGUGCUGCUGGCGUACUCGCGGCGGAACAAGGACGUGGGCUACUGCCAGGGGAUGAACCUGAUUGCGGCCAACAUCCUGCUGAUCACGCCGUCUGCGGAGGAUGCGUUUUGGAUCCUGGCGUCGUUUAUCGAAAACAUCCUUCCGCAGGGGUAUUACGACCAUUCGCUCAUCUCGUCGAGGGCGGACCAGCAGGUGCUGAGGCAGUAUGUCCGGACGGUGCUGCCCAAGCUGUCCGCGCACCUGGACUCGCUGUCCGUCGAGCUCGAGGCGCUGACGUUCCAGUGGUUUCUCUCCGUCUUCACCGACUGCCUGUGCGCGGAGGCGCUGUUCCGCGUCUGGGACGUGGUGCUGUGCACCAACGACGGGAGCACGUUCCUCUUCCAGGUCGCGCUGGCGCUGCUGAAGCUGAACGAGAGCAAUCUGCUGCAGUGCGACACGCCGGCGGCGGUGUAUACGUACAUUAACCAUCAUAUGACGGAGCAUGCGAUUAGCAUUGACGGGCUGAUCCAGGCGAGCGAGGGGCUGAGGAAGGUUGUCCGGCGGGAGGACGUGGAGGCGCGGAGGGCCAAGGCGAUUCAGGCUGAGCGGGAGGGGUUGGGAUUGAAUAGGGGGCUGGGUGUAUCGAAUGUUGAGGCGGAGACUGGGGAAGCGAAUGGGGAGGAG